GCUUAUCAAUCUGCGUCUUCAGGGCCAGGAAGGCUUAGAUCGGUGGUCCAAGGCGUUAUAUCUCGAUUUUGUAAAACCCGUUUAUGAAGAGGAUGAGACGCUCUAAAAUUUGUUUGUGUUAGACCAGCGAUUUUCCAGUGAAGAGGCUGUACAGUAACUCACCAUCUUUGCAAAAGAAACCAAAACUUCACCGGCCACUUCAAAUCACAAUGUCAUACUAUCAAGAUCCUUUCUUCGUUAACCAGGGAUCACUGCAAUUCCAAGAUGAACCAUACUUCACCAACUUCCAAUCAGAAGGUGAUGGCCAUGACUUGACCGCAAAAGAUUUCAACGCAUGGCCGACUCCACUGGACACCCAACAAGGACAACCUACAGGCUACGCCUUACGACCUUCCUUAGAAGAUUCAUAUCUGAGCCCCUUCCUAGAACCAUUCAAGUCCUCUUUUAUACAGACAGUCGGACCAGCUCAAUUACAGUUAAAUGGCGGCUCUGAGUCUCCUACAGAUUUCCAGACGUGCCAAUCGCCUAAACAAGACAACCGAACAUUAAACCUCAGGGACGACAGCGGUAACCUCUCCCCACUGCCAUCACCGAGCCUGGUAGAUACCGAGACAUACAAUACUGGAAAGAAUAUCUCACGAACUCGAAUUGCACGCUCUGCUUCAGGUCAACAGCCCAAGAGAGGCAGACCUCGAAAUAAGCGGAAUCAAUCCUCGCCGAGCAAGGACGAGUCGGCCAUUCAGAAAUCUAAGGAUCACCACUCGGCUAUUGAACGGCGGUAUCGUGACAAUCUCAAUGGGAAGAUGAAGCAGCUCCACCGAGUGCUUUUGGCCGCAGAGACAAACCAGACUUCGACAUCUCCAUCUAAAACCUCGUCCUCGGCAGGCCCAGCGCUCUCCAGCAGAGUCCGCAAGUGCGACAUCAUGUCAAAAGCCGUCAAUUACAUCCACCAGUCGGAAGUCGAGAUCCGGCACAUGGAUGACGAAAUCAAACGGCUCCAGGACCAAGUGUGCAUAUUUCAGAAGCUCGUCCAUUGCGACGACUGCUCCAUGCUCAAGGGUAUGGUGGAGCUUGUCGAUAUUCAAAAGCCCUGACAUCACUAGUAUCCUUCUUGUGGACUUUGCAAUAACUUUAUAUGUUUUGCCAUGGAUCAAGGAGUUGCAUGGGGAUUUAUGUUCCACUAGUUUCACACGUCCGCAGCACACUCGCGCUUCACGACAGUGGUUUACGGUUCGGACGUCUUGAGGAUGGGCUGGCAUGUGUUUCACACGUUUCUCUAUCAUCUUGCAAUGCAAUUCUGCCUCAGUAGAGGCCAGAGAUGUCAAAACCGCAGAGAAAAUCUUUGAAGAUGGAAGGCUUCGAACGAAGAAUCGCACGCUGUAUCGUGCUCGAAAUAUCGUCCUUUUAUGCUUGGUUGACGCGCUUGAAAACGACAGUCGUGAUUCAACGUGCUAGUUAAACGAUGCGAGGGUUACUCCAACAUUGUUAACUGUAUGCACGAGACAAGAGCGAGACGGCUUCGCUGCAUGUCCUAUUGAGGAAAGCACAAUGACACUGUUUCGGAGAUAGCUAAAAGGCAGAGAAGUUAUGUCUUAUAACGAUC